AUGGCCGAGGUCCCCGAGAAGCCAGUGACAAAUCAUACUUCACAUAAUCUAUCAACAGAGAGCAGAUUUGGAGAACCAGUUUACUUCUCGUCAGCUAACAACCGGAUCGGGAAUGAGCAAUCAGAAGAGAGUCCGGAAGUGUCUUUGGAAACAUACACAAAGCGACUCUUAUAUUUUGAUUUCAGUUCCUGGGAAAUGAGUGAGGUAGUAUCUGAAGUGGGACCAACAAGGAAGUACUGGACUCUAGAAGACCUGAAGGAUUUACUGGAGGAGCGAAUAAAAUCAUGGCACUUGAACAGCCAAGAACAACCAAAUUGCAAGCAUUCUCGGUCUAUCAAGUCGAAUACAAUCACACUGCAGCAGGCUAGCAAGGUGGAAACUCAAAGCCGAAAUGACCGGAUAGAAGUAAUUCAGACCGUCGAGCCCAGUUAUGAGGACAUGGCAUUUACUGCCCCAGAAAUCUUUCACAAAAUCGACAAAGAUGGGAGUGAGAAACUUGAACAGGAGUGUCCAUGUUGGAGCCCUAGAGGCGACGAAGAAUGCCAUGACUUCAUGGAUUUUGACCAAGAAUUGACCGCUUCUGCCAAUUUUGCAGAGCUAAUUAACCAUGAGCAUCCCGCAAUCUACGCUGGAGAUAGUUGUCAGAAUUAUGACACUGAAAUGGACUGGAAAUACGACGAGCCAUUGGUCUUGAACACAACAGAAAAUGAUCUAAUAGUGGAUAAAGACGAGGAUCUUGACCUUCAUGCUCUAGACGCAGCAUAUGACAUGAUAGUCGACUCGGAUAAGGGCUCUAUAGAUGAAGCCCCCGAUGACGGAAGAAUAGGAUUAACGGAGGACGCCCUGAUGCGUGAAAAUGAGGCUGUCGACCUAAUACAGCAAGGCCAUCAGCCUUGGGGCAUUUCGGACAAGGGAUGCUCGCUCUUCCCAACAUUCUUCUCGGGAGCCGCGCAAUACAAAUCCGCGCAGCCCAAUUUCGGUCGUCAAGAAUCUAAUGAGGAAACAUGCGCUCGCGGGAAUGGUCAACAACCCUGUACACGAAAUCCACAGGAAAUGGAAUACUACACAAGGCAGUUUCCAGCAUGGCGGCAGGGACGCUCUGGCCAGCAGACUGCAGAUGUACUAGGGCCAGAAGAGGAGUUCCUCCACGGGUUAAAAGGGUUUUGGCGACAAAAUAAGUUGUACUAG